CGAAAGUAUCGCUCAGUUGGGUGUGUUGUUUUAAAGCUGCUUGGCUUCCAUGUAGGUUGGCUUCAAAUUUGUGCAAGGGUCUAACACUUGGAGAUCAGCUGAUAGUAUGGCGUUAUGUGGUAUGGGGCUUUUGAGAAAGCAUUACUUCGAAGUAUGGCGCAGUUCGAAUGUUUGGCUGCAAUAAGAUGUGCAUGCUUGCUUGCAGAUAUUUGCAUGCUUGUAUGGCCAUUUGUUCAUUUUUAUUCGUUGAAUGUUCGAACAUUAUUCCGGUCGCCUCGAUAUUGCGGGAUGGUUCAAACGGCCGCCAAAUUUGUGGUCAUCGAAGGUGAUGAUGGAUUGUGGACAUCGAGGGCGAUGAAUAUUUAGUGGACAUUGAAAGCAAUGAAGGAUUGGCGAGAAAUGCUGAGUGAUAGGGAAGUUAUGAAUUGUCUCCGUGAUGGAUCUGGAAGCAGUGAUGUGCAUCAGGAUGAAAAGUGUAGCAUACGAUCGUUGUGCAUGCACGAUAUGGAUGUUGUCAAAACAAUUUGCCUCGAAUCUUUUCCCAUACAGUAUCCGGAUUGCUGGUUUGAGGAAGUGCUAAAUGGUAAAUUGAUUAGUUUCGGAAUCACUUAUGAAGGUGCACUCGCUGCUAUUCUUGUUGCUGAGCUGAAGAUCUUGUCUCAGUGCAAUGCUGAGGACCGUGAUCUUUUGUCGGGUAACUGUUUGCCGGUAGUGUAUAUAUUAAGCGUUGCUGUACGUCCACCUUAUCGCCGGCGUGGUUUCGCUUCACGUCUGCUUGAUCAUCUUAUGUUUAUGGUAGUUCAACGACCACCAUAUCCAAAAGCUGUUUAUUUACAUGUAUUAGCUACAAAUUACGGUGCCAUAAAUUUCUACAAAAAACAUGGUUUUUGCCAUCAUACUACACUGUUGAACUACUAUCGCAUUAAUGAUACAUUUGGUGAUGGCUUAACAUUUGUGCUAUAUGCCAAUGGCGCAUGCGCACCAUGGUCCGUUUAUGAACUGUGUUCACUAUUUUUUGCAAUUCUUUGCUUCCCACUGAGGAUUAUUCUCAAAAUGAAAUACGUCUUGGGCCUGUAACAACAAAUUAUUAC